UACAGCACCUCACUAAUCUUUUCUGAACACCUCUUCCCUAUUGAGCACAGAAAGCAGACACUACAUCACCAUGGCAAGCCGUCGUCCUCCUGGUGCUCGCAAUUGGGGAUCACCCUCGUUUCGCUUUGUCCCAAAUCAAUUCACGGACAUCAAAUUCAGAGCAGAAGCCAAGAAAGGUCCACUUAUCACAUUCUAUUGCGGUUAUGAUAAUGACGAGCGAAUUGAGAAGUUGCCAAUCCACCAAGCACUCUUCUUCAAAGAUUCCGUUUCCAAAGUUCCUCAGCUUCUCUUCGAUCCUGAUGAUGAUGAGGGCUCAUACGAUUUCCGGGAGCUCAUUGGCGCCGAAUCACGAAGAGAUGUCGAAGCGGAGUGGGAGGCUUUUGCUGCUUUCAAAUCGUGGCUCGAGGAUGGAGUUUACUUGAAUCGCCAGAUUUUGUGUACACACAUUGAUGCAUAUCUGUUGGCCGAGAAGCUUGAGAGCCCAGGAUUCAAGAACGCGGUCAUGAGAGAAAUGUUGAAGAUGAUGCCGGCAAGGAAGUAUGAUGCAGAUCUGAAGGAAACCUACCGCACCAUCUUCACCAGCUGUCCUAUGUCAUCGCGACUGAGAAAACUAUACUUCGAAAGCGCAUCUUUCUGGAAGUUUAGCUUUGACAAGGAUGGUUACGUUGGGGGCUCAAAUGGGGAACUUGGAUUGGAUUCAACUUCAGAAAAAUGGCUCAUGUUAUCUCUCAGAGAGCACCGAGAAAGGUUCUGCCACUGUCCUCUCAUCGGAGCACCACCAGCACCAAGGCUCCGGGAAAACCGUUAUCCGCCACCUCCAGAAUGCCGUGACGAAGAAGAGGAAAAGCUGUGGUGUUCUCAACAACAUCGACCACCAUCGCAAAUACCAACUCCGCUACCUACGUUGAGACACCGGCCGAGACCUAUUUGCAAUUGCGAAAAGGCACCAUGGGAAGACCCCGAGCGCUUCUAUGUGGCUGGUUGAUUUAGGGG